AUGCUUUUCUUUUUUAUUAAUGUUCAUCCUAUACAACGCUCAUAUCGGUUGAAACCUAUAUCUCAACACAAGAUCAUCCACCUGCAAAUAUCGCAUAGCCUAGAAUAUCUUUCGCAGUACUCCUAUCUAUCUAUCUAUCUAUUUAUCUAUCUAUCUAUCUAUCUAUUUAUCUAUCUAUCUAUUUCAUUCUGUUCUUACCUAUUUAUCUCACGACAGAGCAGCGACAGGCUUGCGACUUUGUUUUACUCUUUCUUUCUCGAUCUUACUUUUUUUUUAUCUGUGACUUUCCUCCCAUUAUUCCAUUUCUUCUUCUUCUUCUUCUUCUUUUUCUUAUUCUUCUUCUUCUUCUUCUUCUUCUCUUUGUUCUUCGUAUUGUUGUUGUUCUUCCUUUUCUUUUUCUUUUCUUUGUCUUAUUCAUCUUCCUCUUCUUCUUCCUCUUCCUCCUGUCCCUCUUCUUCUUCUUUUUCAUUUUCUUCAUCUUCCUAUUCUUUUCCUCUUCCUCUUCUUCCUCUUUCUUAUUCUUACUCUUGUUCUUUUUCCUCCUCUUCUUCUUCUUCUUCUUCUUCGUUUUGUUCAUCUUCCUUUUCUUCUUUUUUCUUCUUCUCCCUCUUCCUCCUGUUCUUUUCUUCUUCUUCCUCUUCUUUCUCAUUUUUCUUUUCUUCCUCUUCUUCUUCCUCUUCCCCACUUUCUUCUUCUUCUUCUUCUUCACUUCAAAAUAUCUGUCUUGAAAUUUUUUUGUUUCAUCUUUUUCUGUUCCACUUCAAAAUAUCUAUUUUUCUCCCAACUUUCUUCUUCUUCUUCGUCUUCACUUCAGUAUAUUUCUCUUCAAUUUCUGCUUCAUCUUCCUUCUUUUUCUCCAUUUCAAAAUAUCUACAUUUUGUCUUUCAACUUUCUUCUUCUUCUACUAAUUCUUCACAUCAAAAUAUCUACAUUCAAUUUGUCUUUCAUUUUCCUUCUUGUCUUUCUUUUUCUUCACUUCAAAAUGUCUACUUUCAAUUUUUUUCAACUUCCUUCUUCUUCACUUCACAAAUAUUUGUCGUCAAUUUCUUUAAUUUUUCUUGCAAAUUCCUUCUUCUUUACUUCAAAAUAUUUACCUUCAAUUUGUCUUUCAUCAUUAUUCUUCUUCUGCUUCUUCUCUUUCUUCUUUUUCUUCACUUCAUAAUAUCGACCCUCAAUUUGUCUUACCUCUUCCGUCGUCUUCUUCUUCUCUUUCUUCUUCUUCAUUUCAAAAUACCUACCUCUAAUUUUUUUUCAACUUCCUUCUUCUUUACUUCAAAAUAA